AUGUUGAGCUUUCACGGAAAACUAAAUCACUAAUUAGGACGAUUCGGCAAUAAUAUACAAACGGCCAUGUAAUGCGUCCUCCAAUGUCAUCCAACCCUAUUUGGUAAAUAUGGCACAGUGGUGCGAUAUAGAGAUGUAAGGCAUUACCAAAAAUGACGAAACAGAUGGAUUGCUCUUAACUUCUUUUGAGAAUGUGAAUGUAGACACAACACCAAUUUCCAUUGUGAAAACAAUCUCUUCAGAGGGUGUGUCUCUCUUGACUCCAUUGAUGGGACGUGCUGACCAGGCAAAUAGUUCGGGGUCGGACAUCAAGACUGUGGAAGUCAUUGGGGUUGAUUCUGACAAGUUGCAGCCAAAAGAUAUUGUGUCGAGUGGUGAUUCUGUUGUGAUUCAACCUUCUACCAGUUUGAUUGGAUCAUUAUCUUCUGCACUGCAAGGGACACAGACCAUUUAUCUGAGAGGCCCUGGGGUGGGUGGUUCUCUGGAUUCUUUUGCAGGUGGUACCAAGACUAUUGUUGUACAGUCCCCUAGCAACAGUGGCGUUCUGGGGACAGAUAGUGGACAUCAGACCAUACGGGUUGAUACAGGCAGUGUUCGAGCCAACCAAAUGCAAACAGCAGUGGUGGAGGUGCCAUCUAGUAAUGACAAAGUGGGGAUCAAGAGGCAACUGUCUUCUGGAUCUGGCACCAAUCCAAUUGUGACUAAAGUGAUAAUUACUAAAAACCCUACGACUAGUCAGCCCCAGGCUGUUCCUGUGCAAAUGGCUCAAGUUCAGCCAGGUCAGACUGUUUCAUUGCAAUCACUAGCUGGGAUAAAUGUGAUGCCACACGUUCAGUCUCCUACAAAAAAUGUGACUAUAACCUCACAGGGAAUUGUGUCCCCUAUGAAAACAGUGCUAGCAACAUUACCAGGAUCUCCUACGAAAGUCAUCCCUGUAAAUAAAGUCCCUCUCUCGCCUGCAAAAACUCCUACAAAAAUUACUAUGAUCCCUGUGUCUAUAGCUAAAUCUCCACAACGUUUAAUGACAGUAUCAGCGAGUGGCACUGUAAUGGCAAGGACAUUCACAGACUUAGCAAGCACGCAUACUACAUGCACAACAUCAGCGGCCAAACCUGCAACCAUCACAAUGUCUCCAUCUAAACUCAUAAUUAAGCAAGGCAAUGGGAAGACUAAUGUACUGGCUCAAUCGGUGUCCACGAAGAGUCAUCCACAGCUUGCCCCUGCUCAGCCCGUGUUUCGCCCCAUGCAGAUCCGAGGGGCAAGCAAUGUACAGCAAAUACAAGUCCCCGGCAGCAAGUUUCAUUACGUGAGGCUAGUCAGCCCUGCCUCUCAAACCUCUACUGCUACAGUGUCGAAACCCUCCACAACAGUUACCCAGGUGAUACAGACAGGGCGGCCCAUUGCCCCGGCCUCCUUGACAACUGCUUCUCAACCCAGCACUUCCCAAGUGAAGAUAACCCUCCCUGUACAGUCAACACAACUGGUAGCCAAGUCAGGGGUUUCAGCUGGUUCUCAAAAUGUACAGCGUAUUCUGCUCCCGGCCCCAAACACAGUGAACACAGUAAGGACAGCAACAAACCAGAGCCUGUCCCAGCUGCGACACAGUGUCCAGGUGUCUUCACAGGGGGGCGUGACAGCCCUGCCAUCUGGGGCCACCAUCCUCUCUGCUGGAGCCAACAUACAGGGACUACAAGGCUUUGCCCUUGUGCCAGCCACAUAUGUCACUCAGAUUCAAAAGCAGAUGCAGCAGUCUAACCAGUCAAGUCAGCAGCAGCAGCAGCAGCAACAACAACAACAGCAACAGCCACAGCAGACGAUACAGGUGGCGUCUCAGCAGUCCCAGCAAACGCAGCAGAGAGAUUACAUUCCUAUAGCCAGUAGUGAUCCCUCUGUGUCUGCAUCUGUGCUGGCCAGGAACUCACUGAAUGGAACAACAACGCUAGAAGCUACUGGUGCCCGGCCAAGAAAACCAUGUAAUUGUACAAAAUCUCAGUGCUUGAAGCUAUACUGUGAUUGUUUUGCAAAUGGUGAAUUCUGUCACAACUGCAACUGUACAAAUUGUGCCAACAACCUAGAGCAUGAAGAGGAACGUUCUCGAGCAAUCAAGUCUUGUCUUGAUAGAAACCCCAUGGCUUUUCAUCCAAAAAUAGGAAAAACAUCCAAAGUAGAUGGUGAUAGGCGGCACAAUAAAGGCUGUAACUGUAAGAGAUCUGGAUGUCUGAAGAAUUAUUGUGAAUGUUACGAGGCUAAGAUUAUGUGCUCCAGUAUAUGCAAGUGUGUUGGUUGUAAAAACUUUGAGGAGAGCCCGGAGAGGAAGACACUGAUGCACCUUGCUGAUGCAGCGGAGGUUCGAGUGCAGCAGCAGACAGCAGCUAAAACUAAACUGUCUUCCCAGAUGUCCGGCCUUCCAUCUAAACCGCCGCUGUCAUCAGCCAGUGGGGAGAGGUUGCCGUACACAUUGAUCACGACAGAGGUUGCAGAGGCCACGUGUGCAUGUCUCCUGGCCCAGGCGGAGGAAGCGGAACGGAUGAAGAUGCCCCCAGUUGUUCAGGAGAGGAUGGUCAUUGAGGAGUUUGGACGCUGCCUCAUGCAAAUUAUAGAAUCUGCAAAUAAAACUAGAGCUGCUCAAGAAUCAUUGCCUUGAUGGACAGAGACCAAUAUCCAGAACUAACCCUGAGGAGAAGCUGACUGAAGCUCCACUCUGUCUGCCUCACUAUGAGAUGCCUUGUCCCCUUCCAGUCACAUACACACAGUACUUCAUGCAAGGAGUACACUCAUACGUUGCCAGGCAAUAGAAGUCCCAUACUGCUGCUGUGCUGCAUCCCAUGGAAGCGCCUCCUCAACCAUGCUGGCCACGCCCAGCAGACCAUGUGGCAAUGUGAUACUACUGUGUAUAAAUCAAUGGCAAUACAUAGCUGAAGUCAGGAUGUGGUGUGCUGUUAGGAGUGAAACGACUUCUUACACCUAUGUAUUGGUGUGGCUGAGAACAAGACCGACAGUGAUAUUGAAAGCUGGACCACACUAUGAUUGACGUUGAGGACAUGACCAUUCAUUUCUAAGAGUCUUGAUGAAAUGAUGUUAUGAUAAUGACGUUAAGGGCAUGGCCUUGCAAUGAUAAAUGACAUUGAGGGCAUGCAAAGAUGUCCGAACACCUGUGCCUAUAGAAGCUUGGUCAGUGCAGCUUCACGACGGCCCACGAUCUUUCUUGUCUUUGAGAUACUUGUCAUGAAGCUCGCUCCCUCACUUGCUGCCAACUUGGCAUUGCCCAGUACGCCUCCACUUGGAUCUGGUAGGAAUGGACUACCAUCUCAGAUAUAAUAAUAUAUGCAGAUAUUGUAUAAUGUUCAACUUGUACAGUGUUAAGAUGGUGCAUAUGUGCACAUGUAUUAUUCAGCAGAUCAUGCUGACAACAGAUUUUAUUGUUGUUUAUUAUCUAUUGAACUGUAUGAUAUAUGUGAAAUAUGAUAAACUAUUGUUUAAAGUAUUGUUGACUCCAGAGCACGAGCAUUUGUACUAUAUUUAUAGCCAGCACUCGGCAGUGCCAAACUGUUGAAUUUUACACUGUGUUUGUAUCUUCACGUGAUGCUCUGGAGGGCAGGAAUAUUGUAGUAUUUGUUUCAACAGUUGCAUCCUUGUGACAUAAUCUGAUGGUGUGUAUAGAGCUGUCCUCCUGCUGCCCAUGUUGGAUGUGGGUCGGUAGCCCUGUGGAAAAUCAUUUGUAUAGACUGUAAUGAUAGUGCAAUAUCAUGAUUUACUCAGAAUUAACUGUUGUAUCCUGAUCAUUUCUCAUUAAUUGACAGUGCUCAGCAGUUUUGCCUCUUUUGGGAUAUGUGUGAGAAUGGAUUUGUGAGAGGGAAAACCAAACCCAGCUGUGUAUGUUAACUGUGCUGAUUGCUGUGAAAUCCUUGGUCAUGCAGUGUAACAUGCAAUUCUUGUUGGAGAGAUUUGCCACAAUGGCAGCUGAAAUAUGACGGCACCAUGAUUGACUAAUGGAACUAUUGAAUAUAUGUGGACAAAUUGCACACCAGACAAGUGAUUUGUGAUAAACUGUUGCUUAUUAGUGUUGGUGUUGAAAGUGGCUAUGUUGGGAUGGGACCUAUUUGACCAUGCUAGGCCCAGUGGGCAUGGUGCUAAAUAGGACAAAAUGGUCAACUCAGGAUUCUUUUUCAGAAUUUGUUUUGGGGGCUGUCAGUACGGAUGUCAUUAAUCAUGUUAUCUUGGAAUAGAAUCCAAACAGUUAAUGAUUCGGUGAUAUUUUUGUAUGAAUCUAUAGUGUACAAUCUGUCCAGACAAUGGAUAAGUGAUUAUUUGUUUCCUUUGUUGGAAGUGUCACCUCCCUCAGUACAACUGCUGAGCACCAUUCUCAUGAACAUCGCCAUUCAUCCCACUAUCAUCAUCCUCCAUCAAGCCAAUUUGAAAUCUAUAUUUUUACCACAAAGUAAGUCGUUGAUGUACAAGUCAUUGUAAAGCUAAUUCUGAUACAUCAUUUAUGCUGUCCUGUUUGCCUUCAGCUUAAGCAUAGUUACAAAAAAGGAAUACAUUUUCUGUCUUGAAAAUCAUGAUGCUACUAUUGACCUGAACCUAUGUCUCUGCAUAAAGAGACAGUGGUCUCUUUCUCCAUGUAAGUGGCCAUUUAGUUACCUAUUGAUGGUCACAUGCAGUGUUGGCUGCACAUACUUUCUAUAAGCAAGUGUAAUUAAAAAGCAAUGUUUUCUGAAAAUAUUCUUGACCUUUUUAGAUUUUAUAAGUUAGAAUACACAUUUCAAUAGCAUUUAUGGUUUCACAUUCAGUUGUUUCAUGGUGGUGUUUUAGUCUUUUAUUUGGAUGAAAUAACUUAUGUUCCUUGUUUUCAUACUUGACUUACAUGAUCAUUAAGAUAACAUAUUUUUAUAAAGAAUUUUUAUGCUUAACGAGUAUUGGCAUUUUUUUAGUGAGUAGAUGCUAAAAAUGACCUGGUUUUGUUUUUGAUCCCCUCAUCACAAACCUUCAUUUUAUAGUCACCCUGUAUUGUUUUUGGUUCACCCCAGGUCACGUCACGUCUUGUUGAUCUGUUAAGUUCUGAAACAAAUGUUUGACCAAAGUCAGCCUUCAGCUCACCUAAACUGAUCGUUCAUAUGCUCUUGUGUCAUGGUGUUGUGUGCGGUCUACCCAUCCUAAACCAUUGCCCCUAAAACCACAAGGCCCAUGCAGCUGAAUCUUGUCAUUUAGGAUCCCCACGGUCCGUGUCUUGUUUUAUUGUUCACAGAAAUGUUUAAUUAAUUACACAUGCAGUGAAGAUGUCAUGUUCAGACAUUUUUUUAAACCCAAUUUGUGACCCAAAAUUCCAAAAUCAUCCAGGUGAGCUGGAGAGCAUUGUGGCUGUAUUUUCAAAAACUUUUGCAAUAUUCAGGGCAUAUUCACACUCAUUUUCAAAUAUCACAUUUAAGCCAGUUAAGUUUUUGUUAGGGAAGAUUUUUGUAAUGUGCAAAAGAUAUUUUGUCAUACCAAAGAAGGAGAUUGAUACCGGCCUUGAUUACACAUGUCCACCUUUCCUACAAGUAACAUUAUUCUCUCCGAACAUUUCCAUGUUAUAUCUUCAUAAAUAUAUAUUUAGUCGGUUAAAAGAUAUGUCGGAAAAACAGUUGAAAAUGAAAAGGCCAUCCUAUAUGUAUCAACAUGUUCAACACACCUCAUGUUUCAUUGCAGUGCCAUCAUUUUACUUACAUCAAUACUCUCGAAAUAUGUCUAUUGUUUACCCUCAGUUCUGUAUACACCAAAUUAUUUACCCUUUAGCAACAUAUUUUCAUUUAAGUUUCUUUUCCAUGUCAUUUUAAGUGCACUACCAUGCCAAAAUAGUGACCCAUGUUUACCGAGACAAUGUUUAAGUACGGCUAUCUGCGCAAUCAGUACGUUGUUAGAAGUCUAGUGAGACGACCUGCUCACAUUACUAACUUGGAUAUGAAUGAAGUACCGGAAUGAUGAGGUUGAGUGUCGUAUGGAGAGAUUGGGCUAACGAAUCUUCUAGAAACUGAUCAUGUACAGGUCAAGUAAGGUGGAGUUAUAUUCAAUGCUUCCCUUUGUGACAUUGCAAUGAAAAUGUCCCCGAAUUCAUCCAGUGACAUUUGGUUGUGAUAUUGCUGUUGUCUUUCUAAACAGUAUAAGGACUUGGUCACUGUGAGAAUCUAAUGUUACAUUUACCGGUAAAUCAUAAUAUUUCUUGAUAAAGAUUUUCUUGACAAUUUAAAGCUAUGGUUACUUAUCAGAUCUUAUCUUGUGACUUAGCAUGGAUUAUGUUUUUAUCAGACUAUUUCUUUCCUCGGCAACUCAAGAAUCUAUGGAAAGAUUCAGAUAUUGUGUGUUUCUCUAAAAGUGUGCGAAUUAUAGAAGCAUUUUCUUCAAGUAUGAUAUUUUAGUGAAUGGCCAUAAUGAGUAUAAAAGCUUUGUUAUGUAAUAUAAUUGAACAAAUACCUGUGAUUUGCUUCGUUAUGGUAGAAGUAAGUUUUGUAUUGAGUGCUAGGUCAGUUUUUAGCUCAAGGGAGAUUCAGGGUACAUGUGUAUUGUAGGAAUAUGUUUGGAUGCCUGUAGAUGGCAAGACUGAAGGCACCAUUGAGCCUGAUCCAUUGAUGUCAGGGUUGCAUGGAGUGGGUAAGAUGAAACUUCUUCAAAGACAUAACAGGGGUAGAAGAGAUAUGUAGCAGAGCAGUAAUCUGAUGAAUGUCUUUAGAAUGCGAGGAAGAUGCUAAUGUUAGCAUUUUGUUAAGAGUGCAAGACAGUGAAGUGUAAGCGUUGUGUUGAGAGGGUACAUCUGUGGGAGCCUGCUAGAGGAGGGUGAAAGCAUUGUGUGUAGAAUGUCUGUCCUUUGUCCACCCAGUCUCGGUGUGCUGCUUCAUCUUGCUUCUCCUAGUAUGCAACUUGUAAGCUGCAUGAUAAACUCAUUCUUAAAUUGUGAAUAAAUUUAAUGCAAAAUAUUAAA